ACUCUCCCUGCGGUAAAAACUGGAGAGGUAGACACGAUGCCUAAGAAGCCUGCGGGACAAUAAAAACCAACAGGCGUCUCACUAAACAAGUUUUGUCCACAAUUUGGGAAUGUAUUUCCUUGAUGGGCUGUGGGAAGUAUCAAGAAUUAAUGAACAACUCAACCUGCCGCUUUAGAUCAACUGUAGUCGUCUUUAAUAAUUCUGCAGCACCCAACUUGCUCUUAAUGGCGCCAAGAAAGGAAUACAAAAGCCAUAAUUGUAACAGUGUCUGCUGCUAAUGGAGCGAUCAGAAAUGCAGCAUCCUUGCAACGCUUUCCAUUAAGACAAAAGGUAAGGCUGCACUCAGGGCUGCAAAUGCCAACAUUUCUCUAAAAUGCUAUUUAUUUUCUUGAUUGAAUUUAUGAUUGCUAUUCAUCAGCAUACAGAAGUGAUCUGACUUGCCAGGCACAUUACAGGAAACUCUCAAGCUAUCGGUGGCAUUAAAACAGGCAGAAACGACAAGACGGUUCGUUUGAGCCGCCAUGUUCGUCACAUUGGAAGUCAACGGGUUCUUGCCACAUCUGAAAGCAUCAACUUCUGCCAGAAGGAGAACGAGUCUCACGCACUCCUGAUCAUGGACCUUAGAAGCAUCACGUUGCUUCUUUUGCUGCAGUUUGUCGCACUCUGCCAAGCACGACCAGAAUGGGUGAGUACCAAUGACUCGAAGGACCCGGCGGACGAUAGCAUCUCAGGAACAAUCCAGAGGAUGAACAAUGGUGAGAUUUGAUUUUUGAUGAAGGGGGACAUGGUACUCCCGAGAACACGGACUGCCAUGAAGUGCACGGCUAAGGAAUACAGCUGCUUGUGGCCAAAGUCCAGCAAUGGCAAAGUGGAGAUCCCCUACAAUGGGAUUUCAUUUGCAGCGGAUACUGAGAGGCAAACCAUUGAAAUGGCCCUGAGAGAGAUUGAGGCCAGAACCUGCAUCCGUUUCAUCCCGCAAAGAAACCAGAGCAGUUUUGAGCCCAAAUAUGGGUGUUUUUCAAUGCUGGGCCGUAUGGGAGGGAAGCAGUUGGUGGCACUGCAGCGUUUUGGCUGCGUCCAGCGUGGCAUCAUCCAGCACGAGGUGUUGCUCGCCUUGGGCUUCUACCACGAGCACACGCGCAGCAACCGCGACGAUUACAUCCGCAUCCACUGGGAGAACAUCCAGGAUUAUCACAAGAACAACUUUGAAAAGCAGGACACCAAUAAUCUCGGCAUCUCCUAUCACUAUGAUUCCAUAAUGCACUACGGAAAAACUGCCUUUGGAGUGCGCCAGGCCGUAACCAUGACACCCUUCCCUGAUCCUUCGCGGGACAUCGGCCAGCGAAAGGGUCUCUCCAAACGGGAUGUUCUCCAGGUCAAUCGCCUCUACAGGUGCUUCAAUUAGAAAACGUCGGAUGCAAUGUGACAUGCAGC